CGGGCUCUCAUUUGUGGGGCGCCGUGCUUUGCUCCCACGCAGAACAAGGUGCAGCUGCUGCUGUGCAUCACCACCAGCGCCAAAGCGGACGUGUACGGCGCCAUCAAGAAGCUGUGCUGCGUGCACGCCCCGGUGCCCUCGCAGGUCAUCAACGUGCAGACCCUCGUGGGGCAUUCCUCCAAGCUGAGGAGCGUGGUGCAGAAGGUGCUGCUGCAGAUGAACUGCAAGCUGGGCGGAGAGCUCUGGGGGGUGGACAUCCCGCUGAAGCAGCUGAUGGUGGUCGGCAUGGACGUGAGCCACGGCAAAGGGACGCGCUCCGUCAUCGGCUUCGUGGCCAGCAUCAACCAGGUCCUGACCAGGUGGUAUUCCCACGUGGUGUUCCAGCUGCCGCAGCAGGAGAUCGCCGACAGCCUGCGCCUGUGCCUGGCCAACGCGCUGCAGCACUUCCACGAGGUGGGGGCAGAGCCGGGGCUCUCGGGGCCGGCCGCCAGCGAGCGAGCAGCCCCGGCAGCCUUUGGCCUGCGGCUGGGAGCCCCGCGCCAGGCUCGGCCUUAUCUCGCCGCUCCCGGGAUCGCUUUGCACCGGGAAGUGCCACGUGCACCCUUGGCUUGUCACCCAGCCCUGUCCCGUUGUCCCGUGCUCCCGGCACGAGGGGCGGCCGGGCCCCUGCCGGCCUUGUUCAUUCCUCAUGUACCCCACACUGUCACUUUGGGGGCUGACCCCAGUGCUGCCGGGGCUCACAGUGCGUCCAUCCAUCCGUCCGUCCAUCCGUCCAUCUGUCCGUCCAUCCAUCCGUCCAUCCGUCCAUCCGUCCAUCCAUCCCACCAGCUCAGAGCUCAGCCUCGUGCUGCGCCGAGCAUGGAACAGCAUGAGGGCAAGGGGGGGGGNUGUCCUCUGGGCGCUGCCCACAGGAUCCUGUGGCACAGUAGUGGAGGGGACGUGCCGCCCGCCGCCGCCCCCCCUGGCAGAGCCUCAUCGCUACCCCCCCCUGAGCUGUGCCCUCCUGGGCCUGGACCCCAACCCACAGCGCCGCCGGGCCCCCCCCAGGCUGCCAGCAGGCAAGCACCCAGUGCGAAGCCAGCACCGAAGGGAACAGCUGUGCCCGUGGGGCUGAACUUGGUGCAGAUCCACUGCCAGAACGACGCCGUCUACCAGUACCACGUCACCUUCAGCCCCGAAGUGGAGUGCAGGAGCAUGCGCUUCGCCAUGCUGAAGGAGCAGCGGGCGGUGACGGGGGACGUGACGGCGUUCGACGGCUCCAUCCUCUUCCUGCCCAUCCUGCUGCCUCAGUCGGUCAGCCUGAAGGCGCGCAGGAGGACGGACGGGGAGGAGAUCACCAUCGUCAUCCAGAUCACCAAAGUCCUGGAGCCCAGCUCCGACCUCUGCAUCCCCUUCUACAACGUGCUGUUCCGCAGAGCCAUGAGGAUCUUGGACAUGAAGCAGGUGGGGAGGAAUUUCUACGACCUGUCGCAGGCCAACGUGUUGCACCAGCACAGGCUGCAGAUUUGGCCGGGCUACUCGGUCAGCAUCCGCAAAAAGGACGGCGGGCUCUUCCUGAUGGUAGACACGGUCCACAGGAUCAUCCGGAGCGAAUCCGUGCUGGAGUGCAUGCACGCCAUCUGCAAGCAGAGCCCCGGCGGCUUCCACGACGAGUGCACCAAGCAGCUGGUGGGCAGCACCGUGCUCACCCGCUACAACAACCGCACGUACCGCGUCGACGACAUCGACUGGGACAAGACCCCCCGCGACAGCUUCACGCUGGCCAGCGGCGAGGAGCUCAGCUUCGUGGAUUACUACAGCAAAACGUACGGGAUCACGGUGCAGGAGCUGGACCAGCCGCUGCUCAUCCACAGGCCCAAGGAGAAGCCGGUGCCGGGGGGCAGGCCCCGGCUGGACAUGAUCCUGCUGGUGCCGGAGCUCACCUUCCUGACCGGCAUCUCGGAGAUCAAGAAGGACAACCGCGUGCUGAAGGACGUGAGGAGGGAGAUGCUGCAGAGCCCGCAGCAGCACUACGAGUCCCUGUGCGGCCUGCUGCGUCGCAUCCAGUGCAGCCAGGAGGCGUCGCACGAGCUGGCGCGCUGGGGGCUCGUCCUGAGCCCCGACAUCCACAGGACCCAGGGCCGCAUCCUGCCCUCGGAACGGGUCAACCUGCGGCACGGCUCCUUCUUCCCCGCCGAAGACGCGAGCUGGAACAAGGAGGUGGUGCGGGAAGCCGCCAUCUCCACGGUGAGCGCGCGGCCCGGCCGGCUCGCUGCCCGGGAACAACGCGGCUUUGUUGGGGAUUUGGGAUGGGUUCUGUCGGCGCUGGCUCCCUGCUGCCCCGUGCCUGUCUGCACGCGGAGCCGUGUCCUGGCCGCGGUCCUCCCCUUUAUUUACUCUGGCUUCGCCUCCUGGCUCGCUUCUCUGGAGGGAUGUGUGGACGAGGUGUCUGCUUCCCCACCUCCACCCGGGCCGCAGGAGCUGGGCGUCGCGUUUGGCCCCCCCUAUGAUUUGGGUCCCCCGUGA